AAAGUUUAACUUGACAAAUGACAGCUGUUGAAGACAGUUGAAGACCAUAGUGUCAAAUGUCAAUAUUUUAUUGUCAAAACUGAAACAUUGAAAAAUAUUGCGAUUUGUUCAUAGCGUACGUAGAGCUAGCUGCCUUUGUAUAUCCAAGAUGGGAGGUCAUGAACACGCGCACGGUCCGCCUUACAAGAUCCCGCCUUACUCGCAGUUCACUACCAAAGAUAUCCCGCAGCUCCAGGAGUUGGAAAAGGCUCUUGCCGCUAAAGGACUCAAGGACCCUUGGAUCAGGAAUGAAGCUUGGAGGUACCACCCAGGUUUUGGCACGCGUUUGACGAGAGCACGUAAAUUUUUCUUCAGAGGUUUUUCAGUUGGACUUGGACUGACGGUAGUGACUGUGGCGUUUGACAAGCUGUUGGGUGGUGGCGGCCAUGAACACGGCCACGAGGGUGAAGAGCAUUAAGGGGCGCGGGCCCUUCCCAUCUUGUGUACAAUGAGUGUAGAUUGUGGGCUUAGUUCAAUAAACAUACUUUAAUUAUUAUAUUUA